UUUCCUUCCUUCGUAGAUUCCUUCCUAUUCAAUUCAACACUUCACCGUUUGUGUUGUUUCACUGAACAAACUACAAAGCCAACAACACUGCUUCUACACUCUGCCCAGACACUCACUCACUCACUCUUCUCAGAACUGUGUUCAGCGCCAAUCACCAACCACUCGCUGCUCCUUCUAGAACCUUCUCAGGUUCUUUCUCAACACCCUCAGUCAACGCAACUCCAACACUCUAUUGGUGGCAGAGAGAGCAUCAGAAUAGGGAAAUUUGAAAGGUGGAAGAAGAAGGCUGAUAGCAUUUAGUGGAGAAGGUUGAAUUUAGGGUUAUUUAUGAUAGGAAGGAUGAAUGAUGAACCUAAUGGCGGUUCUUUCUGGAUAGAGGAAAUUGAUGGGAAGGUUCAGACCCCUGUGAGAAGGAAAAGGAAAUACAGGACAAAGAAAAAGGAAUAUCAAGGAUGGGGGUCGACUUCCCUUAUUUGGUUUCUUGAAUCCAUUGGUAGAGAUACCACAAACCAGAUAGCUCAGAGCGAGGUUGCGAAUAUUAUACUUGAGUAUGUAAAGCAGAAUGGGCUCUUUCAUAAAACCAAGAAGAAGAGGAUUGAGUGUGACGAGAGGCUCCAUUCGCUGUUCGGGAGGAAGAGCAUUAGCCGCUUGAAAAUCAAUGACUUGCUCGAGUCGCACUUUGCGGAGAACUGUGAGGGAUCCUCUGAUGAUAUUUUGUUUGAUUCGGACGAGGAUGAGAUUGCGCUGGCAACGUGUGAAACCACCCCUAGGACGGCGCCUUCGGAGUGGAGGAGUCAACCAAGGAAACCGGUUUUUGAGAAACCGAGGAGCUGUUUUGCUGCUGUUGUUCCGGCCAACAUUAAGCUUGUUUAUUUGAGGAGGAGUCUUGUUGAGGACCUUUUAAAGGACCCUCAAACUUUUGAGAGUAAAGUAGUUGGAAGCUUCAUAAGAAUUAGAUGUGACCCAAAUGAUUACCUUCAGAAAAACUCACACCAGCUUUUGCAAGUCAAAGGUAUGAAGAAGAGUUCUGAAGUAAAUGGAGAAAUUCACCUUCAAGCUUCUGGUUUCAUUAAAGACAUCAGGAUUCCAAUGCUGUCAGAUGAUAAUUUCUCUGAGGAGGAGUGUAAGGAUUUGUGCCAAAGAGUAAAAGAUGGCUUGGUCAAAAGACCUAUGAUUGUGGAUAUGGAGCAGACAGCAAGAGUAUUGCAUGAGGAUAUGACUAAGCAUUGGCUUGCAAGAGAACUGACUCUGCUACAAAAUCUUAUUGAACGAGCUAAUGAAAAGGGUUGGCGUAGAGAACUGGAUGAGUACCUACGAAGAAGGGAGAAGCUUCAGAGUCCUGAUGAGCAGGAGCGGUUAUUGCAUGAAUUUCCUCAAGUUAUUUCAGAUGAUCAAGAAUCAGAAACUACAACACCUGAUGUUCAAGAUAAAAAAGUAGAAAACAAUUUACAGGAGUUCUGGCAGGCCACCUGUACUAAAACAUCUUUAGUGACUGAGGUCCCAAAGGCAGUUGCAAAUACAAAACUAGAUACUGUUAAUCUUGUAAAACAACAAAGCAAUUCACCGAAGUCAAUUCCCAGUCUCCGCAUAGCACCAGAAGUACCUCUUUUGGAUAUGACAAAGAAUAGCACUAUGUUGAAUUGCAUUUCUCAUAACAGGGCAGAGAACCAGUCGUGUGGCUUAUCUGUCCAGCAGCCGCCAGAGCAACAAACAGACUUUGCAUAUAAGAAUGACAUGUCUAGGCCAGCCGAAUCACAUGAAGGAAAGAUCUCUCAAGCACUUCCCAACAAACAAACACGGCUGUCUCAGCGUGAGGUUAUAGAGGUAGACGAUGUGUUACCACAUGUCCAACUGCUGCCAAAGCAACAAACAGACUUCACAUAUAAGAAUGGCAUGUCUAAGCUAGCCGAAUCACAUGAAGUGGAGAUCUCUCAAUCUCAAGCACUGCCCAACAAACAGAUACAGUCAUCUCAGCUCAAGGUUAUAGAGAUAAGCGAUGGCUUACUGAUCCAACAGCUGCCAGAGCAAGAAACAGGCUUGACAUAUAAGAAUGACAUGUCUAAGCCAGGUGAAACACAUGAAGCGAAGAUCUCUCAAGCACCGCCCAAAAAACAGAUACAGCCCUCUAAGAUUCAGGUUAUAGAGCUAAGCGAUGAUGAAGAAGAAAUUGAAAAACCAAGUACUACAAAGCUGAUUCCUGCUGUGGAGUUGGAUAGCUUGAUGUGGCAUUACAGAGAUCCCAAGGGAAAUGUACAAGGACCAUUUUCCUUGAUUUCUCUAAAACGGUGGAGUGAUGCUGGUUACUUUUCCCAAGAUUUUAUGGUCUGGAAGUUAGGUCAUAGUCAGGAUGAAGGUGUAUUACUGGUUAAUGUACUAGCCCAAUUUUUCCCCAUUUGAUCAAAUUGCUUAUGAUACAUUGUAAAAUACAGGUCAAUAAUUUUGUUGUGAUUCUAAGGCAACUGUCAAUCUACAUCUUGUAAUUGUAACUAGAAAUUCAUGCUCAAAAAUUGAAAUUUUCCCCCCUUCCCCCUUCGCUUGUCAA